AUGCCAAUCACGAAGCGCCGCCGCGUCUUAUUCCUGGCCCUGGGUGUCAAAAUAGAGUACACCGAUAUGUACGACGACCUCAUAUGCAAGAUCAAACAAAAGACCAUCCUCCAAGAGACCAACAUCGCCCUUAUGGCCAUCGAAGACCUCGAAAGCCCCCUCCAUGCGGUCUUCGUGAAUAGCGAGGUCCUGACUCAGACAUGCUACAUACCCACCUGGAAUGCCGUGAUAAAUUACGUCCAGAAAGGAGGAACAGCCAUCUGCAUCGGUGAUUUCAGCAAUACGAAAGAAUGUCUCGAGAGUAGACCGGUGAGGAAUCCCUUCUCGGCAGCUGGACUGCUUUGGAAAUUCGAUGAGAAGCAUCACGCUACUGUCUAUCUCAACAGGGAGUAUAUCCCAUUAUCUGAAAGUCGAGUGGAAGCUCUACCUCAAUCGUAUGAUACCCAUGCUGUGUUUCUGAGGAAUGUCGAUACUAAGGACGCAUGGUAUCGUCCCACUGAGGUGGAUAUCACCAAUCUUGAUGUUGUUGAAGCGGGACAUGUAAACCCUUUCUCAUUUUCGGUUGCGAUGACAGAGGUCGGGGAUGGGAAGCUUGGUUAUGUGGGUGACAUUGGUCCUGGGACACCGAUUUCAGUGAUCAUGGCCAUGACUGGGUUGGACUAA